AUGAGUCAGUCAAAUGCGGUUGAUGGAGGCUACGGCUGGAUUAUUGUCCUAGCUGUAUUCUGGAAUAAUGCCCACCAUUGGGGAAUUUUAUCAAGCUAUGGUGUCUUCUUGGAAGACUUCAUUUCAAAUUCUAGAAUCUCUGGUGGUACCAGCCUUGACUUCGCGCUGAUUGGCGGACUAUCCGCAUCGCAGGCGCUCGUUAUAUCGCCCUUGAUUACCAUGAUUCAUCGUCGUUUUGGUCUUAGAGCAACUAUGGCUCUCGGUGUGCUCUUUGAGACUGCGGCCCUCCUGGGAGCGUCCUGGAGUACCAGGGUUUGGCAACUCUACUUGAGCCAGGGCGUCUGCUUUGGAUGGGGUCUCGGCUUGCAGUAUCUAUCGACCACGUUUAUUAUUCCACAAUGGUUCAGCAAGAAGCGAAGCUUGGCCGCAGGGAUUACCACGGCAGGGACCGGUACUGGAGGAUUGAUAUACUCGCUAGCAACUCACGCGAUGCUAGACCGGUUCGGCAGUGGUUGGUCAUAUCGGAUUCUGGCGAUUAUCCAAUUUGUGGUUAACACCAUAUGCGUGCUCCUCUUGCGGGAUCGUAUGGAGAAACCCCGGUCAGAAAGAAAAAAGGCAACUUUUCGCCUCAGUCUCUGCAAGAGAUACGAAACCUGGCUAUUUAUCGGCUGGAGCUUUUUCAGUGUCAUGGGAUUCAUGGUCAUCUGGUACUCGCUUGCUACCUAUUCUCGAUCUAUCGGGUUGUCCGCCAGUCAAGGAUCGAUCGUAACCGCCGUGAUGAAUGUCGGCCAGAUUCUUGGUCGACCUGCGGUGGGCUAUUUCAGUGACGUUGUGGGACGGAUCAAUAUGACCACGUUUGCCACGUUCACCAGCGGGUUGCUCUGUUUACUGCUCUGGGUGUUCGCCAAAACAUAUUCGGCAAUCCUUUGCUUUGCUUUGUUCGCAGGGAUCCUCUUUGGGACGUUCUGGACGGCUGUUGGGCCACUCAGAGCAGAGGUUGUCGGACUAGAAGACCUUCAGUCGUUCUUAACUAUUAUGUGGCUUAUCUGCUCGGUUCCUGCGACCUUUGGAGAAGCGAUCGGCCUUGAACUUCGCACGUCCGGGGAGGAUGAGUUUUUACGCACGCAACUGUUUACCGGCUUCAUGUAUAUCGGCGCAUCUUUAUGCACAUUACUUCUGCGAGGCUGGAAGAUAUCCCAAGAAAAGACGCCAGAGUCAGGAGAUUGCCCUGGUUCUGCGUCAACCCAUGGCGAAUGUAAUAUCUCCAGCAGGUUAUCUCCUAUUGUGGCGUGGGAGAAAGUUUGA